GUUUGCCUUAGAGGUGGAAAAACCCCAGCCUUGGGCUGUAACUGCCCUGUUUAAGCAAUUUGUCCUGAAUUGGCACUCUCUGUUGGGUCCUGCCAGAACCGCAUAGUUACAGUGGCGUAGUCGUGCUAGGAUCCACAGAACCAAGUCAAUUAAGUUUUGGGUCAGAACCCCACGCUAUCCAAAUUUGAAUUUUGGGAUUGAGAGUUUAUUGGUUAAAGAUCAGUGACCAUGAGCCAAAAAGCAACAGCAGAAGCAAUAAAACUGCAAGCCCUGAUGGAGAGCCUGCAAUUUGAACAUGAGCAAAAACUGGCAGAAAUUUGAAUGAAAGAGAAGCAAGCCUUGGCCCAGCUAAAGAAAGAAGCUGCUAAGAGAGAAGAAAAAGCACGUAAGGGGCAUCUGGAGCUUCUGGCUGAUGAGGAGAAAGCUCGACAGAUGCAACAGGAGACAGCUAAACUCCAGCUCCAAGUCAAAAAAGCAAUGGAAGAACAGCAGAAACUGUAUCCUCUUAAAAAUCCAGUUUAUAACUAUGUUGAUAUGUGGUAUUACUCUGGGCAGUUUUCUGUGUUUAACCAGUUUUGCUAUGACCAUGGAGAGGGGGAUUCUAACCUGGGGGGGGGGGGUAAUAGCUGUUUGUCUGUGCAAGAAAGCAGUGUGUCUGUGAAUGGAGUUUCUGAAUGUCUGUCUAAUGUCUCAGAAGUGAAUCUGGAAUUAGAUCAAGCACAGAAAGAUCUCAUAAAUCAGGAAAAUGUUUCUCUGGAGCAGAUUAAAGUGGAUGGUCAGGUUGAAGCCCUAACUGAGGAAGGAAAGGGUAGAUUUUUGGUGGGUAAUAGCUGUUUGUCUGUGCAAGAAAGAUGUAUGUCUGGUAAGGAAGAAGGUGUCUCCAGCUCUUCUUUAUCUGUGCAGCAGACAGAAGGUGCCUUUCAGCCUGUGUUAGUUGAAAAUAGUGUAGUUGUCUCAGAGUUGGUUCUGGAUUCAACUAAAGCCCAGGAAGGGAAUGGUCCUAAGUUUGUGUGUGCUGGGGAGAAUGGCACUGUAAUUAGGUUGCAUCCAGUUAGUGUCUUAGCAGAAUCCCAGAGACCAGACAAUUCUGGUGCUUGUAUUUUACCUGUUGCUUAUGUGUGGUUGGAAAAGGGUGUAGCAACUCUGUCUGAUCAGGGUGAUAUCCUAGCCAGGGCACAAGGAGGGCCGAAGGAUGAUUUAAUUGUGUUACCUACUGAUGGUGUGGAAACUUGUAGCAAGAAGGAAAAAAUUCCUAAACUUGUGUGUGGCUUCUAACCUUUCAUCUAGUGAGUCUAUGGGUUUGCCUGAAAGGGGAUUGUGUAGAAAUCUGCCUGAUGGGCCAAAGGUGAUCCUAAAUGUAAGUAAGACCCAGAAAAAGUUUGUUGCUGCUCAGGAAAGUGUUCCUUUAGAGCAAGCCCUAGGUGAAGAGAGUAAGGGCAGAAUUUCUGUGAAGGGGGAACUGUUGCUUAGAAAAGCUCCUGGGAAAAGGAACCCUCAUGGUAAUCUGUGCAAGCAGUUUACUGCAACUGAAGGGUGUGAAAGUGAUUUAAUCAAGGAAGUUUCAGUUCCUAACAGCCAGAAAUUUUCUGUUCUGAAUGGAUCCACUGACUUUCCUUUUGAAAGAUCCAGUGUGGGUAGCUUUGAAAAGGUCUCAGAUGGAGUGAAAGCUAUUAAGAAAGUUGAACAGUCCUAUAACCAAGUGGCUGUGUUUGGCCAGCUUGUUGGGGAGACAAGGUUGUUGAGAG